UUUUAUUGUUGCGUUAUCACAGGUGUUUAUAGGUAAUUUUUGUCGCCUUUUGACAAUGGUGUAUGCACCAAACAAUGUAUGGAAUAGGAAAUAAACCACAAAGUAAACACAAGACAAUUCCAGCUCACCGACACGCUGAGAAAAUCAGUCCUACAUCGGAGAGUUCUCAGUGGGGAAGUAAUUCAGUAAUGGGCAUACAGAAAUUACAUUUUAACACCACUUCUAAACGAACGUCACGUAGUAAUAGUAUGAUGAGUAAUUCAGACCCAGUCACUCAACAACAUGAGGAUAAUGUAACUGCUUUGAAUGAGGAAUGGGAAAAAGUAAAAUCUGAUCUAAACAAGAAUGAAGAUCAAAAAAUCAGCGGUACGACUCAAUAUGUUGAACGCGAUCCAAACCCUGCCAUGACAGGUUUUCAAGCGUUCGACCUCGAACAGUAUUGGGGCCAAAAGUUGCUGUCAAACACCGGUAUAAAAUCGUAAAAAUAUCGCAAUUUUUUACUUAUUUUACUGCAAAGCGUGCUUUGCACUGAACUGUUGGAUUUAAUUAAUUGUAUCUACUGUUGAGAAAAUUAAAUUGAAUUUACCAAGUUAGUGUAAAUACAUUUUUACCUUAAGAAUCAAGAGUACGAAAUAAAAUAUUCUUUGUUAUUG